AUGGCCCUUGAACCUACCAGAAGGUCCAUCUCACCAGAGAGCUCUGGCCGAGACUCGCCAAUUCCACGUCAGUGGAGGAACCAACUAGGAAGAGAGGAACCACCGACGAAGGACAAACACUACCGAAAGUAUGCUUCCGGUAUUGACAGAGCGCUGUCCUUGUUUGAGACGGCCCUCCAAGAAUGGGCUGAUUACAUAUCUUUCCUGAACCGUUUAUUGAAGGCGCUACAAGCUCGACAGCCCAGUGUUACCACGAUUCCCUCGAAAGCCUUGGUCGCCAAACGGUUGUCGCAAUGUAUGAAUCCGUCCUUACCUUCGGGUGUCCACCAAAAGACGCUGGAGGUCUACAACUUCAUCUUCUCGGUCAUUGGCAAGGAUGGGCUGUCAAGGGAUCUUCCACUAUAUCUCCCUGGGCUCGCGUCGACCCUCUCCUUCGCAUCCCUCUCCGUGAGGACUCCGUUUCUUGAUCUGCUCGAGCGACAUUUUAUAGAGCUCAACCCGCGAUCGCUGCGACCCGCCAUGAAAUCCAUCGUCCUGGCCCUUCUGCCCGGGCUCGAGGAGGAGACAAGUGAAGACUUUGAGCGCACCUUGAAGCUGCUGGAACGAUUCAAAGUGGCCAUCCGACCGCCUAACAGUGAGGAGAUCACGCCUGAACACUCAUCGGGUGAUGAUUUCUUUUGGCAGUGUUUCUACCUGGCGUCGAUAACGAGCCAGAGUCGGCGUGCAGGGGCUUUGGCAUACCUAUCGCGAUUUCUACCCAACUUGGGGCAUGCGCUGGCACAGGACUCGCAUCGGAUUCCUGAUGCGCCAAAUGGCUCGGGCACUGAACCUAUCUCCAAGCUCUCGCAACUCGUCGCCUCCCCAGAACCCGGCCUAUUGAUCCGCUGCUUCGCGGCUGGCCUUGCAGACGAACAGCUUCUCAUCCAGCGUGGUUUUCUAGAUCUCUUAGUGACUCACCUUCCCUUACACUCCAAGGUCCUACAGGAGAGAGCUAAGGCCAGGGACCUGGAACUCCUUCUUCGGGCUGCAGUUGGGGUAACCGUUCGACGUGACAUGAGCCUCAACCGGCGGCUGUGGACUUGGCUGCUUGGCCCGGAGCCCGUAUCGCAGGAGCAUGACGGCGGUCUGGACUCUCCAAGCUCCGCUUCAAGCCACCAGAAUGGCUAUUUUGUGUCUAAAACAACCUACUUUGAGGAGUACGGCCUGCAACCCCUUACCAGGGCGCUUUUGGGAAUGGUCAAGUCUGGUACGGACAGCAGCCCAGCCGAGAGAGCUCGGCCUUACCGGAUAUGCCUCUCCCUGAUGGACAGGUGGGAGAUCGGCGGACUCGUCGUUCCGGAAGUCUUUCUCCCCAUUGUGGAUAGCGUCAGGGAAUUCAAAUCGAAAGCAUCGAACAAGGCUGAUUUCGCCGAGAUUUUGCGCAGCGCCAGCGUCUUCUUUGAUGGUGUCGAGAGCGGGCUGAUAUAUGGCGAAAUACUGAGUCUGAUGGCCCAAGCCAUAGGACCCGGCGUGCUGACCGCCUCGGGAAGAAAGGACAAACUUGACCUUGUCAACUUCAUCCUGGGCCACUUCAACAUCAGGGAAGAAGACAUGAUCACUGUUCACGCCCCCGUCUCCGUUCUCUCGAUACUCUGCAUGCUCGAGGAGGCCAAGGAGAGAGAAAACGGGCUAGGCAGUCGAGAGAGGCAGCAGGAGAAGCUUGCUGUCCAUGAAUUAAGCGUCGUGGCGGCUUUACUCGAGCUAAUCCCCGAGCGUGCCUUUUCCGCAGAUCGGGGCAAGGGGGGAAUGCCUACGAUCGGGUCCGAGAUGCUGGCUGCUAUACCCAAUCCCGAGCUGCUCAAGAAGAUCAAGACGUUCUACGUCAAUGACCAAGGCAAUCUGGAUGCAACGACUCCGCCCUUUUCUCCCCAGGACGUGGGUGAGCUGCUUCUCCAAAAAGCCUGCAGUUUGAACUGCAAAAGCCUGGACGAGAAUGAGCACGGGCAAGACAUAACGGUGAAGAGCCGAAUCCUCAUGCUUCUGCUCUCGAAAACGUCAGAAGACGCAGCGAUUGGUUCCAAGGCAUUGCUCUCAUCCCUCCACCAGUGCCUUUCAUCUCAGGAGACAUUAGCGUUUAGCACCUUUUCCUCCACCAUGUCUCUCUCCACGCACCUGCAUUUAACCAGCCGGAUAUCAAGCGUUGAGUUGUCAGACCUUGUUCCGCUUCUAGUCCGUCAUGCGUGGUCAUUUCUCUCUGCAUCGGAGCCGAAAUACCACGUCGAAACUGUCCGCAGCCUGUGGCUUCUGCAAACCACCCUCACCCCUCAAAAUCGCGAUAUCGAAGCAGCUAUAUGCGAUCUCAUGCUAGAGAAUGAUACAACCGGCACCUUUGCUGUCCGUCCAGCUGACCCUGGCAGGAGAUUCGGCGUUAUCUGGUCACACAGCCUUCAGGACAACCCAUCCGGGCCUGAUAGGCGAACGCCAAAGACCCCUAUUGGAGAGCUCAAAAUCUUUUCGCGCCUUGCCGGUAUCGACCACUACGAUGUGAUGCUAACCAGGCCACUAUUUUUGAUGCUUGAUGCCCUCAUCGAUGACAGAACGCAGCUGUUCAUGACGACCAAAUCUUGGUUGCACAGCCUUAUUGGGACGGACAGGCUCUUUCAUAUCUUUGUUUCAAAGUUCCUAGAACUCCCUUUCCUGAGGACUCAGAAACCAACAUCCGGAACGGAGGCCACAAGUGUACAGAUCCAGUUCACUACGGAGGACGACCUGGAUUUGAGCUUGUAUUAUCUCCGCGCCCUCUCUAAUGUCCUCCGCUGGGCACCUGAUGCCCUUUGGGGUGUGCUUGCGAAGGACACCAUCUCGUCCAGCUCUGGUUACCCAGGCAUUUACGAGAUCACUGGCAUUGAGGGUGAUGUGACGUUGCAAGGGUUCUUCGUGCAGGUCUGUUUAAGGUGUAUUACCUGCGACAAGAUUCCCGAGGAGAGGGAACUGGGGGCCAGGACAGCGCAGCUUUACCGCUGCGCUCUGACAGUUCUGCAUCAAAUCCUGCUGAAUCCGUUCGCUGAACGACUUUCGGGCUUGCACCUCGAAGUUCCGCUUAUCGAAAGGCUGGCCCAGUCACUCGAAGGACCGGAUCCGUACGUUCAGGUCUUGUUACUCGAUGUCGUGUUCGCUUCCCUCAAGCUUCGCGAGGCUGCCCGAGUCGAACUUCCAUCAUCGCCAAUCAAUGACAAGCGUCCGAUGAGUCUUGAACAGACCAAGACCAGGCUCUCCCUGUCAGGGGAGGAGCCGCCGAGCAUAAAUCCCCCUCCGCCGUCGCUGCUCAAAUGCAUCCAAGCUGGGCUGAGUUCUCCGAGCAGUGGGCCGGUUUUGGAUAGUUGGGUCAGCUUCCUGACUGAAUGCCUUCCGCUUUACUCGGAUUCCAUAUUCCAAGUCCUCAUUCCGCUUGUCGAGACACUCUGUAGGCAGGUGGGGAGCGCAUUCACCGACCUUCAGAACAUCUUCCGAGAUCCAAGUCAAGUCCAGGGCGAUGCGGUGCAUGCGCCUGAGACGACGCUCAUCUCGUUGCUGAACGGACUCGAGCAAAUUCUGGCCAAAGGACACGACAGGCUACUGGCUGAAGAGGCCAGAGCCCAGGUUGUCAAGAGUCCAGACCAACCUCAGAGUUUCUUUGGUAACAUGGUGUCGGGCGUCUUCUCAUCAGACGUGCCCCAAUCUAGGAGUGUGACGGCCAACGACAGGCUCACCGUUCUCCUUGCCUUCCAGGACGCCGUUCGCAUCUGCUUCAGGAUCUGGUCUUGGGGCCAGGGAAGCGAUGCCGCUGUGCAGGACCCGAAAUCUGCAGCGUCGUUCAGCUACACUUCUCUGCGAAUGAGGAAUCGCGCUCGACGACUCCUGGAGCACCUCUUUGCUGCAGAGACACUGGAGUGCUUGGAAACCGUUAUCGGGAUAUGGCGGAGUUCCCUGGACGAGUCGGAUUCUUCCAAGCACCUCGAGGUCUUCAACCUCCUGCCAGCCCUGGAUGGCUCGAGGCCGAAGCACACUAUCCCGGCCCUGUUUAAUGCCCUCUACAGCAGGACGAACCCGGGCGCGUUGGAACCGUCGAGAAGGUCCACCCUGACGAUCGAGAUCCAGGACGCCGACGUUGUCAUCUUCCUCGUGGACUAUGCUCGCUCCUUGGAGGACGAUGCGAUGGACGAGAUCUGGCAAGAUUGCAUGUCAUUCCUAAGGGACCUGCUGGGCAACCCCUUUCCACACCGGCAAACCCUACCUAGUCUGCUGGAGUUCGCCGCCAUCCUUGGGGAGAAGGUCGACAACACAAACUUUGGCGAGCAGCGGAAGAUGCGGCGCGAGCUGGCAGACCUAUUCAUCCGCCUUCUCACUGCUAUCUUUACAACGCGGCCCAACAUCGCAGAGCCUUCCAGCGCGUUGGCACAGACCGAAAAGUGGCAGGGUGACUUAUCCCACCAGCCACAAUCGUCUGCGAGGGCGCCAGCUGGACGGACCGACGAUGUAGUCGGGAUUCUCUCCUCCAUCGUCCCAGACCUUCCCAAAAUCCUGGUAGAAUCAGACCGUGUCCUCACUGCUGCCGCAGCGAUAUCGACUAACGUCAUCGCGCCAAUGUUCCGCUCAAAGACCUUCCCGGACAGCGUCUCCAAGGGCACCCUGAUCCUACUCCAGGAGCUGUCGAGGCUUCCGAACAACCAGAAGUCGUGGAAGAAGGACGUCGGAGAUGCCUUCAACGACGCCCGCUUCUUCGGCUCGAGUCUCGGCCAGGUCCGCCACGACUGGCUCCCGCUGCUCCGGCAGUGGACGCUGAGCGACAAGGAGCGGAUGCCCGAGAUACUCGGCCGCAUGACGCCCCCCACGACCGCCGGGAUCGUCUUCGGGGUGGGGGCAACCUCUGCGCGGCUCGAGGCCGACAGGAGGACGCAGCUCAACCUCCGCCGGAUAGCGACCCUGAUCCUUGCAGCCGCCGACGACACGUUUGUCACCGAUCUGCCAGGCAUACUUGAGAAGUUGGUGGAACUAAUUGGUGCUACCUCCACGUCGUCCCCUUCGUCGACGACGCGUGCCGAGGUCUACAUGGUCAUCCGCGCACUGGUGCUCAAGACCAGCACAAUCCACCUCGCACCCCUGUGGCCGGUAGUCAACGCCGAGCUGCACGCGGCCAUAUCGUCGGUCGUCUCGCCGGACCACAGCGCCGCCUCGGAGACGUACACCAACCCCUCGGUCCUGCAGGCCUGCAAGCUUCUGGACCUGCUCGUCUGCAUGGCCCCGGACGACUUCCAGCUGCACGAAUGGCUCUUCGUCACGGACACCAUCGACGCCGUGUACCGGCCGCCGACCUACCAGCCCGUGGCGCUGGUGGACGAGAUAUCGGAGGAGCUGGGCUCCGCCAUGGUCGGGCACGGCGCCACCGGCGCCCAGGCCGAGUCGGCCGUGGCGGUCGACGCGAUGGGGUCGAGCAGGCGGCCGCUCAUUGGGCCGGGGGGCAUCAGCGACGAGGUGGGGCUGGAGCGGAGGGACGAGCUCGUCGCCAAGAUUCUGAGGCCCUUCUUCGGCCAGCUGAGCAUCUUCGCCUUCGAGUCCGUCUAUGCCAUGGGCUCGAUCGACCGGGAAGGGUAUGCCAUGGGGCUCCUGAAGGACCUCUUUGACGAGAGGACCAUCAUCAAGGCGUUGUAA